AUGAAGUUCAUUAUCGUUGCAACCAUCGCCGCGGCCCUGGCCUUCCAAGCCGUUCCCGUGCUGGCACAGGCUCUGCCGGCCGGAGUCGCUCUGCCGCCAGCAUGCGGUCUCAAAUGCACAAUGCAAUACGUUCCCCAGAUCUGCGGCAGCCUGACAAACAUGACCUGCAUCUGUACCGACCAGACCCUCGCGCCAAAGCUCACGGCGUGUGUGGCCACCACCUGCACCAAGAGAGAAGCCCUUGCUACCAAGAAGUUCUCCGACGUCUCCUGCAAGCGGCCAGUCAAUGACCGGUCGCUGCCCGUCGUCGUCGUGACGCCCGUCUUUGGCGCGCUCGCGCUCGUCAUCUUUGGCCUGCGCGUGCUCGCUCGCGGUGUCGUGGGGUGGCAGUCGUGGGGUCUGGACGACUGGCUGAUGAUCCCCUGCGUGCUUCUGUCUAUUCCCAUGACUGUGUUGUCUGGGUUGCUCGUCAAAUAUGGACUCGGCAAGGACAUUUGGAUGCUUGAUGACUAUGACUACAUCAGCGAGAUUCUCUAUAUCUACUUCUGGGACGAGAUCUUGUACCUGGCCAUUAUCCCGCUCACAAAGAUCUCCAUCCUGGCGUUCUACCUGCGCAUCUUCCCGCGCAAGGAGUUCCGCAAGUGGGUGUACGUCCUCAUCGCGGGCAACGCGCUGUACCUGAUUGCCUUUGAGGCUGUGACCAUCUGGCAGUGCGGGCCCAUCGAGGGCGCCUGGCUGCACUGGGACGGCGAGUUCGAGGCGACGUGCCGGGACGUGAACCUGCAGGCGUGGAUCGCGGCGGCGAUCUGCCUGGUGCUCGACAUUGCCAUGAUUGUGCUCCCGCUCCCGGAGCUCUGGAAGCUCAGCAUGUCGUGGAAGAAGAAGAUCCAGGUGCUCUCCAUGUUCUGCGUGGGCUUCUUCGUCUCGCUCGUCGCGAUCCUGCGCCUGCAGUACCUGCUGCACUUUGGCCAGGGCGGCAACGUCACCAUGGACUUUGUCGAGAUUGGCAUCUGGUCCACCAUCGAGGUCAGCGUGGGCCUCAUCUGCGCCUGCAUGCCCGCCAUGCGCUCCCUGCUCAGCCUCGUCCUGCCCAAGGCCUUUGGCAACACCACCAAGCGGCCCACGGGCGCCGGCGGCAGCGGCGACGGGCCGUCGUAUGGCGGCGGCGGCGGUGCCAAGGGCAGCAGCAGCUCGGCCGGGCUCUCCUCGUCGGGCCUCUCGCACAAGGUCGGCCCCAACAACAUCAAGGUCAAGUCCGAGUACAUGGUGCGCAGCAAGCAGCGCGACGAGUCGACGUUUGUCGAGCUCCAGCCGUUCGAUUCGGACGACAACGACGACACGCGGGACAUACUCGCCGGCAAGCGGAGCACCCUGACCGCGACGGUGUCGGCCGGAGCACCACCCCGGUCGGUGGGCGAGAAGUCUUCCCACGGCGAUUUCGGCCGGGCCAUGUAA